AUGGAUGUGGUGUUAGGUUGCAAACAUAUGUGUUAUCUGACCCGUUUUUUGCAACAACGUGUGUUUUAAUACUAGAUUUUGCUUGAAGAAUUAACUAACUGGUUUGUUAGCAUUUUUUACAGUGUAGGAUGCGUUUUCGGAAACCCGGAAUUACAGAGCAAGUAUAUGAGUACUCAGUUGUGAAUGUAUGGCAUGCCUUGUGAUCUUCUCAUUUUCUUGUGGGUUGGGUGGAGCGUGUAGGUGGGCCGCGUGCGAUUGGGUUGCCCUGCGGCUCCAUUGCGGCUCCAACUCAAGGCGUCCCAACUUCUGAGUUCUGGUGCAUAUUUUCUAUAUUUUCCACCAAUACCUUGACAGCAGUUUGAGUUGAAGAAGGAUUGGAACGUUUUCCAAAGUAAAGGAUUGAAACAAUGGCGUCGGAGAAGGGAGCUUGGCCGGAAAAUGUCGGCAUCCUUGCCAUGGAAAUUUAUUUUCCGUCUCAAUACGUCGACCAAGAAGAACUGGAGGCGUUUGACGGAGUUUCCGCCGGAAAGUACACUAUCGGGCUCGGUCAGAAGCGGAUGGGCUUCUGCUCGGACCUGGAGGAUAUCAACUCACUCUGUAUGACGGUGGUGCAUAACCUGAUGCAGAAGACAGGCACCGAGUACUCGUCCGUCGGCCGUCUGGAGGUCGGCACCGAGACGCUGGUCGACAAGUCCAAGUCGGUCAAAUCGGUGCUGAUGCAGCUGUUCCCGGCCGGCGCCGAGACAGAUGUGGAGGGCGUCGACACCACCAACGCCUGCUACGGCGGCACGGCGGCGCUGUUCAACGCGCUCAACUGGGUCGAGUCGUCGUCGUGGGACGGUCGCCUGGCGCUGGUCGUCUGUGGCGAUAUUGCCGUGUACGCCAGCGGCAGCGCGCGCCCCACCGGCGGCGCCGGGGCCGUGGCCAUGCUGGUCGGCCCGCACGCCCCGCUCGUCGUGGAGAGAGGUCUGCGGUCGAGUCACAUGCAGCACGCGUACGACUUUUACAAGCCGGACCUGAGCUCCGAGUACCCGGUGGUGGAUGGACGACUGAGCAUCCAAAGCUACCUGGGUGCGCUGGACCAGUGCUACCGGCGCUACCGGCAGAAGGCCGCCGCCCGACCAGGUGGCAGCGCGGUGACGGUCGACUCAUUCGACGCCGUGCUCUUCCACUCGCCGUUCGGUAAGCUGGUGCAGAAGUCGCUGGCCCGCCUGGUCUUCAACGACUUCCUGCAGGCCGAUGACGCCACCGUAGCCGAAAAGUACUCGGGCCUCGAGGAGCUCAGAGGUAAGACCCUGGAGGAGAGCUACUUUGACCGCGACGUGGAGAAGGCCUUCAUGGAGCGCAGCCGCGACCAGUUCGAGAAGAAGACGCGGCCGUCGCUGCUGCUGGCCUCCAACGUGGGCAACAUGUACACGCCGUCGCUGUACAGCUGCCUGGUCUCGCUGCUGGUCAGUAAGAAGCCCGACGAGCUGACUGGUACGCGGAUAGCGUUGUUCUCGUACGGCUCCGGGCUGGCCUCGUCUCUGUUCUCCAUCCGGGUGGCCACCAGCAACGGCUCCGGCUCCCGCCUCGAGGCACUGCUGGCGUGCGUCUCGGACGUGAUGUCCCGUCUCGAGUCGCGUCAGAAGGUGCCUCCCCAGGUGUUCGCCGAUACCAUGAAGCUGAGGGAGGAGAGCCAUCAUCUCGCGCCGUACCAGCCCAAGGGCGACCCGUCCGUGCUGUUCCCGGGCACUUACUACCUGACUGGUAUCGACGAGAAGCACCGGCGUCAGUACAGUCGCGCCACCUGAUGGCCGCCCUCUCCGCCGGCCGGCCGACCCGCGCGGGCCCCCUCGCAGCCCACAGGGUCACUGUAUGCUCCACGGCAGAGUCGCCGGACAGGUUUUAACCGGAACAGGUGUCUCUCAUCUGUGCCUGUGUCUCGUACCGUCUUAAUGAUUUUGUAGGUUUUGAAUAUGAAAGCUGUCUAACGUGAAUGCUAUCGAAACGAAUGUGAUCGCUUCAAUGCACUUUCAUACGUCGUGUGUUGCCGGAUCUGAUGGUAUCUUAUCUUGGCUCACAUUUUCUUCUGAGUCAGUCGGUUUUGAGUUUUUCCUUGGACGUUUUAGACGAGUAUUUAAGCAUACUGCAGGUGCUCCCUGUUUUCGUGGUGUUAAUAAUUUGCAGCAUAACGUUCACUUACCCUGCGCGUGGCUUCCUUCGGCCAUCGGCGGCAAAAAUCAAAAGCUGUGAGUCGCUGGCGUGUUCUCGAGCGUUGGCGGUGCCUUGCCAGAAUCUUGUUACAUGUUUCGAGUAGUAUUAGCCUCUCAGGCAGGUAUCAUGGUGGACGAGCGCCGUUGGUUCAACUAUUGCCUUUUUGUUGCCAUUGAAUCAUCAUCAGAUCUUUUGUUGUUGAAUCAUGUUAUAACAUUUUUUACUUCUCAUGAAGAAUAGCAGCGCUGGUUGUUACUUAUUGCUGAAAGAAACCUUAUUCAUGUCAUCGUUGGUUGACUUAAUUAUUGAUUAAUAUCGAAAACUAUAUCACUGUUAAAUAAGUCGCGUAUCAGACUGCUCAACAAACCCCAAUAGUUAAUGUUAUUGCGGUGAUGUGUUGUUUUCUUCUCUUUCUUUUUCGUUUUAUUACAACCAAACAUUGCCACUGGUGUCGAAUGUGAAAGCACGCGGCGGAUGCAAAAUGCCGCUUCGGUUUAUUGGUUGAGGCUAUUUUCUGAGUAUUUUUGGUGGUGUGUGACAGUAUUAAGCAACAUAUAAUGCUCAUCAGAUAUUGUUUGGAGGCAUGAGAACUCAACUUGAACAAAACAUUGUUGCAUGUUUGCGCGUUGUGAAGUUCAGUUUGUAUAGAGUGGAAACCUCGGCGGUGCUGGCACCUAGCGGACAAAUGCGACAUGUGGACCUCAUCGCGGCAGAUAAUCUGUAGGUGCGCCUAGGGCCCUGUUUCACGGCAGGACGCUACAGUGCGCUACGCUAGCUACGGUAUUGGUGCGGCGUUUGACUUUUGAGACGAAUUUACCUAAACAAAAUCGGACGUUGCAGCGUUGCGAGCGUCCGAGUUUGUUGAUGUUUCCAUGGAAACCCAAUACACCCAUACACGUAGCGGGCUCUAGCGUCGUGCUGUGAAACAGGGCCCGGGUGCGGGGUUCGACUAACGUAGACCAAAGCCUGUACCAGUACGCGUGUGUUGUAUGGCCGACAGCGGUGCCUGUCUCCGGUCGUUAGGUCGGCGAAGGAAGGGACGCGGAGCGGUGCGGUCGCAGUGCCCGUCUUCCCAGCUAUUCGAACCCGGCGGACGGCACCGGCGGUGGCUCUGUGGUGUUCACGACCUCGUUUUAUCUAUAUUUGGUGAUGUCUAUAGGACUUGUUACGUCAUUCGAUGGUGUUCACGUUACGGCGCACUUUAUUAGUAUUACAGUUAUUAUCCUUUAUCUGCAUCAGCCGUUGCGAUUCGUCGUUCACAUGGCUCUGUAUCGUCAUUGGUCAUUUUGUAACCACCUCUGCCCCUGAUAGGGUGUCGAUGCUCGCCGUUUUCGGUCCCAGAUGGUAUACCGAGAAUAUCAAUAUGCGCCGCCGCUUGCCAGUAUUUUGCGCGUCGUGCGUACGGCGUAGUUUUGUACCGUAGUUUGUUAUACUCUGGCUUUCCAGCGGAGCGCCGGCGACCCGCGCUCGCCCGGCAGUGUUAGUAUUGUUAUGUACCGAGUGCCAGGGGUGGUGGGAGACAAUACAGGUGACGGGAGAAAUGAA